CACACACAUUUCAAUCCAACAUAUAUGUAUAUGCACAUAAGUAAUUGAGGCUUAGUUAUGAACAUUUGUGUUAAUGCAGAGCCUAGAAAGCUUGAGAAAAUUGCAUAAUAAUAGAUGAAGAUUCAAUUUUUUAUUUUUUAUUUUUCUGUUUGUUGAUUGAUUUUGUACUCUCUUUUUUCCCCAGAAUUAUUAUUGCUUUUGGUGAUGAAGCACCGUUCGUUCAAGGACAAUUCUUCAGUAACAAUUUCAUUUUUUUUUUGUUCCUACUUAGUUUUUGGGCAUUUCUGUGACCAUGUAGAUUUAUUUGUGUUUAAUUUCUUCAUUUAAUUGGGUUGUUGAUGAGGUUCUGUUUGUUAAUUUCUUAGCUCAUGUAAAUAUUAUUAUGCAAUCCAAGAGUGACUUUCUCUGGCUACAGCAUUCCUAAUCCUGCAGAUGCUCGAGUAAACAUAAGAAGGUGUAUACUUAAGAAAUUUAAGCAGAGGAAGAGGUAGAGGAAGGGCACUAUGGAAUGGACAGCAGUAGUAUGACAUCACCAAAGUUUCUUAUUACAGCUGUGGCAGAUGCUGAUGUUACUGUUCGGCAUUCUAUAUUUUCCUCUCUGCAUGAAAAUGGAGGAUUUGAUGAUUUCUUGGCACAGGCUGAUAGUUUGAGUGCUAUUUUUGCUGCAUUAAAUGAUGAGCAUGCAGCGUGCUCAUCUGCAGAUGGACGACAGACAAUCAAAAACAGCUUUAGAAGAGGGAAAACUCGAAGAUGCAGUCAGUUGUAGGGCAAAGGUAACUGGUGAAGGAGAUGACAAAUAUUUGAUUGCUACUGCUGAACAGCCACUAUGUGCUUAUCAUCUAGAUAAUUGGAUCCAUCCUUCACAGCUACCAAAUAAGAUAUGCUGGAUAUUCUUCUUGCUUCUGCAAAGAAGCAGGUUCUCAUGGUCGCGAUACUCUUGGGAUUUUCCGAGUUCACCAGUUUGAGAAAGUGGAGCAGUUCUGCCUUACUAGUUUUAAGUUCAAAUAUUAUGACAGAUUCUUCACUCUUAUAAUAAUAAUAGAUAUAUUAAGUUCGAACACUCUGUAAAUUUGUCUUAGCACCACCGACCCAUAAUUUUUCACUGCAUCCAAAAGCUAAAAGCCAAGCAACCCUACAUGGGACUUCCAAACCAAAUGAUCCUCUACUCAUCCCUCCUCCUUAGUCAGCAACAAUGGUGUAUGAUACUUCAAAUUUGGUCGAAAUUGCCACUAGUUUUGAUUUUUGAUGAAACUGGUUUUCACUGGACAAGUCCAAUCAGUACACACACACACAUAUAUAUAUAGUCGAGACGUGUGAAAUUGAGAUUAAUUUCUAUUCAUUAAGCCAACCCUUAUAUAUAACCUUAGGUAUGUUGCUGUUAUUGCCCAUAAGCACUUCACAUUUCACACAAGAGAGCAAAAGAGAGAGAGAGA